AUGACACGGCCCACCGGCCUCCUUGUUGCUUCUGUGCACUGCUGCACAGCCGAGGACAUUCACCAGUCCUCGCCUUCAUGGUUCAUGACACGGCCCACCGGCCUCUUUGUUGCUUCUGUGCACUGCUGCACAGCCGAGGACAUCCACCAGUCCUCGCCUUCAUGGUUCAUGACACGGCCCACCGGCCUCCUUGUUGCUUCUGUGCACUGCUGCACAGCCGAGGACAUUCACCAGUCCUCGCCUUCAUGGUUCACGACACGGCCCACCGGCCUCUUUGUCGCCUCCGUGCACUCGGUGGGUGCUGGUGUUGAGGGAACAACGCCACCAGACGACAUAUCACACAUGGACCCAGAGACAGCACCUCUGCACCCAUCCGCCAUGCCCGCUGUGGCGCCGGGCUGUGUGCGCAUGACUGUGGGCGGCGGCUUUGCAGGCCAGGACCUGGGGGGCGGCCGCUGCUACUUCCGCGGUGCGUGCACGCUGGACAUGAAGUUCGACCUCAUGCCCCCGUGGCUCAUCAACGCCACCACGCCUUCCCUUGUCGCCUCCCAUGCUACCCCCCUCUCCCCCCCUCCCCCCCACAGCGGAGCAUGCACGCUGGACAUGAAGUUCGACCUCAUGCCCCCGUGGCUCAUCAAUUUCGUUGCCCGGCAGCUAGCCGGCACUGGUUACCACCUGCUCUGUCACGAGGUAGACACAAUCGUCAAAGCCGCGGCCGCUGCUGCUACUGUGAACAAGUGUGAUAAGAAGAAGGGGCGCGGGGCGUUUCAACAGCUCUUAGCCUCUGAUCCGGCCGGUGGCAUGAACGGCAUUACUGUUCACUGCGCGAUGCGUGUGAAGUUGACGCGAUUCGAGGCUAACGCCAUGGCGCUAGCAGAAGGCAUCGACCUACUCGAUCAGGCGCUCGAGGAGCCCACGUGGAAGGACCUCGAUAAAGUCACGGCUCUUAUAAGCAAGCAGCUGGACGUGAAAAAUGGGUCAGCAGCAGGAGCAGCGGGAGCAGGUGGAUCGAGCAACAGCGUGGCGGACUAUUGGGCAGCGGAGACCGUUAAGCUCUUGGAGGAUCUUAAGAGUGUCAGCGUGGAGGCUCUCGCUACUACCGAUCCUGCGGACCGCAAUGCGUGGAAGAUGUGCGAGGAGGGUCCGGAGCACCGCGCGAUGCUGCGCAAGGGCCCGGAAGGCACGGCGAUAAACGCGCUGUGCAUGGAGGGGCGCAUCGACAGCCCCGUGCACGCCGCCGUCGCCAUGACGCGCGACGCGGGGUUCUUCAAGGAGUGGUGGCCGCAGGGCGACAUGCCCGUCUACAGAAUCGUCGAGAACCGGUACCUCGCGCGCGUCGGCGACGGCUUCGAUAUCACUUAUAUGAAGUUCAAGGUGCCGUGGCCGUUCCCGUGGCAGGAGUUCGCGAUGAUCUUCUUUACCAUUUACGACUCGGACACGGGCGUUGCCACCACUGUCGUCCGCACGCUUCCAGAGGACAACAGCGAAAUCGACGCAUCCAUUCACGGGUUUUCCCGCGACAUGGCGCCGCCAGUCCCCUCGGGAAUGGUCCGCAUGGCCAUCAACGGCGGAUUCUCCAUCAAAGAUCUCGGCCGUUCACGCUGCCACUUCCGGUCGAUCUUCACCUGCGAUCUGAAGCUCCCGGCCAUGGUGGUUAACUUCGUUACCAAGGAGUUCGGAGGGGUGCUGUUCAAUUUGUUUAGGAAAGAGGUUGAGACGGACUUGGCAGAUGAGGGGCAAAAGGGGGUGGAGUUUAGGAAGGUUCUGAAGGAAGAGAAGCUGUAUGGCCGGAUUGAAGCGGCUAUGGACGAGUACCGGGCAAAGGCGGCCGGAGGAUUGGGGAUGGGUGAAAAUGGGUUGGGAGAGACGGGGGUGGAGGGAGAGGAAGGCGAGGAGGUGGAGGAGGAAAAGAAGGUGCUGGUGGCAACAGCGUCGUUUGUGGAAGGGGCUCCCACGGAGGCGCACAGGUCUGCCAUGGCAGCUGCAUCAGCAGCAGCAGCAACAGCAGCAGCGGCAAGAGUGACUCACACGAAUGGAGGGGAGGAGGAGGAGGAGGAGGAAGAGGUAUUCGAGGACGCAGAGGAUCAGCUGCUGGUUACCCUGGACGAUUCAGAACCUGCUUCGUACCCGCACCAGCAGAAGCACCCUCAUCCUCCCGUUCCUCCUGCGUACGCCCCGUUCUCAUCCCAAGACCCGGCUAUCGCCGCAGCCUUUGCUGCCGCAGCCGCGCUGGCAGGCGCAGGUGGGACUGGUGCAGGUGGUAACCCCGUGGCUGGGUCUGCUAGCUCCGGUGCUGCCGAGCCUGCUCUGACCCCGGACGUGCUCCAAGCCAUGGCAACCCUAGAGCAGGCGCUAGAGUCGCUGCGAGCCCGAACCUCUGCUGCGCUCUCUGCUGCUGCUCACGCCGGCGGACCAGGAGGAGGGAUGUUCCCAGGACAGUAUGGUCACGCCUAUCCUCCUCCCCCCCUCCCUGCCUAUGGUGCUGUGCCCGGGUAUGGGCCAGUGGUGGGGGGGAAGGGUGGGAGGUUUGUGGGUGCUCCUGUGGGGAAUCCUCCGCUGCUGCCGUAUUAUACCGCCCCGUUCCCGCCCAAUGAGAUGCAGCGGUUUGCCGGGCCGGUUCCUGUGGUUGGGAGGAUGGACGGGUAUGGAAGGGUUUCCGGGCGGCGAGCGAACGGAGCGAGAGGGGGAGGUGGGAGGUAUAAGGGCGAGGGAGGAGUGAUGGUUGCGCCUGGGAAGGGGGGAAUGGGGGGAAUGAGCGGAAGGGGAGGAGGAGAGGGGGGAGGAGGGGGGAAGAUGAGCCGGAAUGGGAAGCAGCAGCCUCCGUUCCAUCCCUCGCAGCAGCAGAUGAUGGUUUCGGGAAAAGCAGGUGCAGGAACAGGGAAGGUUGCUACAGCAGAAGCUCCUGCUACAGCCGCUGCUGCUCCUCCUGCUACAGGCUCAACCCUCUGGUCGGCAGCUUCAGCCCUGUUUGGGCUUGCCACGUGUUGCACUGCCACUGGCCUGAGAAACGCCGAGGCAGCAGGGUACAUUCUGCCUGAAGAGCUGCCGUCCGAGAGGUGGCGUGAUGAUGUUGAGGAUGACUAUAACGAGUAUGAUUCUGAGGAGGAUGAGGAUGAGGGGUAUUAUGAGGGGUACGGAGGUGGUAUAAAUGGUGUUCCUGGGGGUUAUGGAAAUGGAGGGUAUGGGAAUGGGGCGUAUGGCCCUGGUGCUUAUGGGGAUGGUGGUUAUGGAGGAAACAGUGGAGGUAGAUUAGUGGAUGAAAGGCAGGUGUGGAGAGGAAGAGCCAUGGUUGGAAGCGGAGGGGGGGGUGGCGGAGGCCGUGAGUGGCGCCCGCGGGGGGGCGGCGGCGGAGGCCGCGGACGUGGAGGCGGAAGGAGGGGUGGCGGGGGGGCGUAUGUAGGAGACAGUUGGGGGGAUGGCGCGGGGACAGGCAGAGGGGGAACAGGCGGAGGGGGAAGAGGCGGAAGGGGUGACGGGGACGCGUCAGGCUGGGGUGGCGGAGGGAGAGGGGGGCGGGGCGGAGGCGGCGGAAGGCAUGGGGGAGGGGAUCAGCGCGGCUGGUGGGGGGACGGCGGAGGCGGAAGGCACGGACGGGGAGGCGGGUUUGGCGGAAGAUGGGGCGGGGGGGGCGGACGAGGGGGAAGGAAUUAUCAGCAGCAGGCAGAGCAGCAGCAGGGGGAGCAGCAGGCGGAGCAGCAGCAGGGGGAGCAGCAAGCGGAGCAGCAGCAGGGGGAGCAGCAAGCGGAGCAGCAGCAGGGGGAGCAGCAAGCGGAGCAGCAGCAGGGGGAGCAGCAAGCGGAGCAGCAGGCUCAUCACUCAGCGCACGGGCAGCAAAUCCAACAAUCUCAGCUGGUUGACGGGCAGAAUUUGGAUGCGACGGGCACUCCGGAGGAGGAGGAGGAGCCGUUUUUGUCGUAUCUGCCACAGGAUGAGAUUCUGGCAGGUGGAGUAAGCAGGAUGGGAGGUUUGGACGGAAGCUUGGAGGGAGGUUCGGAGGGAGGCUUGGUGGGAGGCUCGGCAGCAGGUCUGGCAGGGGUGGAUUCGGGCGAUACUCAAAAGAUGGUUGAUCGGACGGUGGAGAGGCUUCGAGAGAUGCUGAGAUUGCCAGCUAAGCAGUUCUGGAGAACAGUUGCCCGCUCGCCCUCACUCGUGGCCUUCCUCGACUCGUACCUCCGCUUCCGGUCCCGUUGUCGACUCAAAACUAGGCGCAAACCUCCUUCUCUUUUCCAUCUCCCUUCUUGUUCCCCCACACGCCCUCCAUCCACUCCACCCUCUCCGUCCUACCCAGACCUCCUUCUCUCCAUGCGUCUGUUCGAUGCGCCCAAGCUCAUGGACGUGGCUGCUGUCUUUAGAAUGACAAACUCUGUCUCUUUUCCAUCUGCCCUCCUUCUUCCCCUGCACUUCCCCCUUCCACCUCCACUCCACCCUCUCCGUCCUACCCAGACCUCCUUCUCUCCAUGCGCCUCUUUGAUGCACCCAAGCUCAUGGACGUGGCUGCUGCUGUCUUUGGGAAGGCCACCUGCCUCUCUUACCCUCUCUCCCCUCUUCUACAUCUCUCUCUCCCCUACCACCUCAACCCUCUCUUCCCUUCCCUCAGACCUCCUCCUCUCCAUGCGCCUCUUUGAUGCGCCCAAGCUCAUGGACGUGGCUGCUGACUUUGCGAGGGCCAAAUUUCCUCUUCUGACCUCUCUCCCCGCUUCUCUACCUGUCGCUCGCAGACCUCCUCCUCUCCAUGCGCCUCUUCGAUGCGCCCAAGCUCAUGGACGUGGCUGCUGUCUUUGCGAGGGCAAACCCCGCUGCAACACGGCAGCUGGUUAG